CCACGGAAGAGGUAAGAAAAUAAGUGGCUCUGAGAAAAAGAGAAAAGGAGAGAGGAAAUAGUUACGGAAAAGAAGGGAGAGAAGAGAAACAGAGACAGAAUUGAUAUGCGCGGAGCGUGACCUGUGUAUAGGUGACUCGCGGCUCUCUGUCUUCUCGCGGUGCUUCCCUCUGUCACUCAGGAUCCUUUGGAGAGCUCAGGUUGAGCUGCUGACAGAAAGGCCUUCUGUUGACGCACACGAACACACACACACCGCGGCGGAGCACAUUACUCAUGUGUUUCUGCUCGGGGACGCGCAGAUCCCACUCUCUUUCCUCCAUGUUGGAAGAUUCUGACUUUUUAUUUUUUAUUUGAUAUCACUUUGCUUAUUUAGAACAUUUGUAGAUUUGAUAUUCUUCUUAUACUUUUACAAAAUAUUUUAUUUUUGUUUGGACAGAUCUAGUCUUGUGAAUAACCGGGUUACACAUCUCCAAAUUGACUCUUGGAAAAACGUUUUUAUGGAAUCUUUAGACUUUUGAUAUAUAUUUUCUAUUCAAUUUCUGCUAACUUUGCGGAUAAUUUUAAACUUAAUUCCGCCUCUGGUCUGCAUGGACAACAUGAACUCGUUUGUGGAAUACUCCAUCUGUAACAUACCGGGGCCCGGCGCUUAUUCUGCGCCUAAACCCGGAUACCACCACCAUCCUCUGGAUCAGGGCUUCCCGGUGACCUCUGGCUCCUUCCAUACGGGACCCAGCAGCUCUCCAGCUCUCGUUAACGGGACCAGAAGCGAAACAGGCGCCGGUGCAGCGGGUUACACCGGGGAUGGGCGUCUGUACGGGGGCUCUGGAGGUGGAGGAGAGCAUCCACAGCAACAUCACGAACAUCAGCAGACACACAACGGCUACCACCACCAUCACCUUCAGACGCAAAGCGGGACUGUGUAUAAUAACGGGACCGGGGGCAGCACCGGGGUUUACGCGAGCCAGGCGUGCGCCACGGAUUACACAAACGCGAUAGGCCUCCCCAACACGGUACAUUCCCAGUACUUCAUGGAUGAGUCAGCGGCCUCCACCUACUAUCAUCAAUCAACAUACCCGAGCUCGGCCCCCAGCUACGGGGCCCUGGCCGGGGUCUACUGCGGGCCUCAGGGCGCUCUGGCCGGGUCUCAGUACCCGCAGCAGCUCGGCGGGGGUCUGGACGCUGCGGGCUUCCUGGGCCUUCCACACGGAGGAGGUUAUGGAGAGCUGCCGGUGUCACAGGACCGUGGGAAGGGGGAGGAGGAGGGCCAGCAGGCCGGGCAGGGGCAGACCUUCGACUGGAUGAAGGUGAAGAGGAACCCCCCGAAAACAGUCAAAGUGUCGGACUUCGGCCUCGCGGGCGUGCACAACAACGCCAUGCGCACGAACUUCAGCACGCGGCAGCUGACGGAGCUGGAGAAGGAGUUUCACUUCAGCAAGUACCUGACGCGGGCGCGGCGCGUGGAGAUCGCCGCCACGCUCGAGCUCAACGAGACGCAGGUGAAGAUCUGGUUCCAGAACCGGCGCAUGAAGCAGAAAAAGCGUGAGCGCGAGGGCGCCUCAUCCACAGCGCGCUCCUCUGGUACCGACAGCGGUCUCAAGGAGCUGGAGGACACCGACAACUCCUCCGCGUCCACAUCUCCAGGCGCGUCGCCGAGCUCGGAGACGUAGUUGGUGCAGCGACUUGACUUGUUCUGCAGAACUGUCACUCAGGUGUUGUGGGACAAAGAUGGCCGUUUUGUUGUUCUGUUUAGUUUAUUUAACAAAUUAUUUUGAAUUGCCACUCACAUGGCAGCAACAACAAUGCACAUCAAGGGUGACACAAGAAAGAAGAAGAAGAAUAGUGGCCUGAGUCCGGCCCCCAUGUAGUUUGGGGUUCGGUGCUUUGCUCCAGAAGGGUAAUUGGCCCCCCUCCAGCUGCCAGUCCACACCUCAUAUAUUUUAUUCUCGGGGACUUGACAGGACGUAUUUCAGAGGUGGUCCCUGGUGUAACGAGAUUAUGUACUGCACUAUGAAAUGCAUUCCAUGUUAGCCCACUUGAUGUACUCCAGAUUUCAGGUUUAAAAACACCAGCAGCUAAACUUCUGCAUUCAAAGGUUGAGAUCCAGUAAAUUGCCCUGAAAUUCAGAGGCUAAAGAGGCUGAUCGACAGGGGCAGUGAUCUCAUAUACUGUCGCGGGUCGGAUUUGAACCCUGAGUCUGUAACAGGGAACCAAGCCCAAAUAUAGGUUUCCGUUAGCUCAACCAGGUGAGCUACAGUGGCACACGUUUUCAAAGUAUUUUUGAUCAUCUACCUGGAAUAUUCGUUCAGACUCUGCAAGUUCUUCCUAACCAAACCAAAAGCACAACCGUACAUGGAACCAUAUUUGGCAUGCUGUGGUGCUGAAACCAACCUGUUGUAGGUACUUUAAGUGUUUCCCUGAGCUGGAGUCUGGGCCUUAGAUUGCAUCCAAAUAUAAGUCUGAACGGUUGCAAGAUAAAAGCUAAUACUUAUAGUACACUUUCUUUCUGUCGAUUCUCAACAUUCUCAGAACUCUAAAAAUCUAAAAGAGAAACAAUUGAAGAAGAAAAUUGGUUCAACUGAACACACAGUAUGCCCACACUAAGACCACGCUGUAUCCUUUGGUGUGCUUAACUUUGUGGUACAUUUUCUAUUUAAAAGACGGAAGCCAAAAUGUUGGCAACCACGGCCUUAUGGUGCUUUGGUGCUGGAUCCUUCUGACAGCAUGGAUCAAACAGGAUUAAUCAGAAACCCAUGCCACAUUCAGAGCCUGAAAAUGUGUUGUCAGGGACCAGAUUCCUGAGUUUAGAGAUAUUUUUUGGAGAGAUUGCCUCCCAAAUGGGGGAGUUAGAAACUAUUUUUAGCUAUGGAUGAACACUGUGAACAGGGAUUUGAUGAUGAUGAUGGGAUCCACUUUAUCUUUAUUGGAUUUACAGGGUAUUGGGUUAUUCAGGGUGGACAUAAGUAUGCUGGUAUUUAGGUUUUAUCUCAGUAAAAGCCUUCAUGAUUGAUGUAAUUGGAGGGAAACUCGGGGAUAUUGUGUUGACAUGAAUAUUCAACACAGAAAACUGUGAAUUUGUGAAUUAAAAUAUGAUACCAGCCAAGCCUAUAACUAAAAGAGCCUUAUGAUCAGGAAUACAGGAAGCCUCUGAUGGCAACACACGUUUGUCUUAUCUCUUUGUAGCUAUAUUUUAUACUUUUGAAACCUUAAAUAUUUUUUUGUUAUUGUUUAAGUGGCGAUUGCACUAUGUGACAACAGGGUACAUUUUUAGACAAAUUCCCCCCAAAAGAAAACAUAAACUUGAAUAUUAUUGUUUUUUCUGUUCUGACCGACAAAAAGGCUGAUUUACACGAUUGUGUCAAAUUUGAGAAGUGUGUGUGUGAGUGUGUAUGGAGGGGGGGGGCAUGUUUACAGAAAACUACUGAAAAUAUGCUCAAUAAUGCUGACAUGCUCGUCAGAAACGUUUCCUUGCUCAAUGGAAAAUGCAGGAAAUUACAUGAAAACAUGUUUGCCCUAUCUCAUGAGAAUAAAUUAUUGGAUGCAGUUGAUGUGAUUGAUUAUGAAUCAUGGGAGAAAUGUGGAGGGGGUGCUUUCCCUUCUUCUUUUGUUAUUGCUGAAGGUCAUGAUGCCUUAAAUCUGACAAAGUAACUCGGAACACAAUGUCUUACUUGUGUAAUAUGAAAUCUCUGGGACUGUUAUUUUUCAUAAAGUUUUAAAAUGAGAGCUGACUGACUGAGUUUUAUCAGUUUUUCUGCCUUAGUGACGCUCUAAUCAUGUUCUGAUUGUCUUUUUCUACUAUAAGCUACCUCAUUAAAGACUCUUCUGUCACUCCAUUGCACUUGCA